AAGAUAUAUCAUUCUCAAAGCAACAAAUAAAAAAAAAAAACAUAAGUUGUACGUACUUAAUUUUGACUUUCUUGUUUUUGUUAUAAGCUAUGUCCAACUUGAACGGAGCCUAUUAUGGCCCGUCCAUUCCGCCCCCGUCCAAAUCCUACCACCGACAUGGACGGGGAAGCAGCUGCAACCCUUGCAGCUGCCUUUUCGGUUGCCUAUGCAACUGCAUUUUCCGAGUAAUCUUCACCAUCCUCAUCGUCCUCGGAGUCAUUGCAUUAGUCCUCUGGCUAGUCCUACGUCCUAACAAGGUCAAUUUCUACGUGACAGAUGCCACGUUGACACAAUUCGAUUAUUCCUCUACAAACAACACCCUCUACUAUGAUCUUGCACUCAACAUGACUAUUAGGAACCCUAAUAAACGAAUCGGGAUUUACUACGAUUCGAUCGAAGCAAGAGGUAUGUAUCAAGGCCAAAGAUUUGCUAGUCAAAAUUUGGAACGAUUUUAUCAAGGUCACAAAAAUACUAGCUAUUUGCAUCCGGUGUUUAAAGGACAAAAUUUGGUUUUAUUGGGAGAUAGAGAGAGAACAAAUUAUAAUAAUGAGAAGAAUUUAGGAAUUUAUGAGAUGGAAAUGAAGCUUUAUAUGCGUAUUAGGCUAAAGAUUGGUUGGAUUAAAACUCACAAAAUUAAGCCUAAAAUUGAGUGUGAUUUUAAGGUGCCUUUGGAGGCCAAUGGCAGAUCUGUUAAUUUGGAGGAAACUAGGUGCCAUCUUGAUUGGUAGAUUUUUUUAUUUUUUUAUCAUUUUCACAUUUAUGGAGUUUAUUUAUUUAUUAUCCUUAUUUUACAUUAGUAUAUUUUCUUGAUUAGGAGAUUUCUCUCCUUUUUGUUAUUUGGAUUAUGUUAUGAUUGUUAAUAAAUGAUGAGUUAUUUUUAUU